GGCACGUCCACACAUGAGGAAAAAACACUGCCGGGACAUCUCAGGGCACUCUCAGGAAAUGAGGAACCUGCUGAAGAAGUUUCUAGCCUUGGGGGAGGCAGAGCGACUCCUCACAGCCUGAAACUCGUCCUCCUGCACGGGCCGGCCAGGCCAGCACAGAGGCACCAGGGCAGCAGUGCACGCAGGUCCCCGGGGACCCCGCCAUGUGGACCAGAUGGUGGCUCUGGCCCCUUGUGGCCGUCUGCACUGCAGACUUCUUUCGGGACGAGGCAGAGAGGAUCAUGAGGGACUCCCCUGUCAUUGAUGGGCACAACGACCUGCCCUGGCAGCUGCUGAAGAUGUUCAACAACCGGCUGCAGGACGUGAGGGCCAACCUGACCACCUUGGCCAACACACACACCAACAUCCCCAAGCUGAGGGCUGGCUUCGUAGGAGGUCAGUUCUGGUCCGUGUACACGCCCUGCGACACCCAGAACCAAGACGCUGUGCGGAGGACGCUGGAGCAGAUAGAUGUGGUCCACCGCAUGUGCCAGAUGUACCCUGAGACCUUCCUGUAUGUCACCAGCAGUGCAGGCAUCCGGCAGGCCUUCCAGGAAGGGAAGGUGGCCAGCCUGAUCGGUGUGGAGGGCGGCCACUCCAUCGACAGCAGUCUGGGCGUCCUGCGGGCGCUCUAUCAGCUGGGCAUGCGGUACCUGACCCUCACCCACAACUGCAACACGCCCUGGGCUGACAACUGGCUGGUGGACACGGGAGACAGCAAGCCCCAGAGCCAAGGCCUGUCACCCUUUGGGCAGCGUGUGGUGAAGGAGCUGAACCGUCUGGGAGUCCUCAUCGACUUGGCUCACGUGUCUGUGGCCACCAUGAAGGCCACCCUGCAGCUGUCCAGAGCCCCCGUCAUCUUCAGCCACUCCUCGGCCUACAGCGUGUGCGCAAGCCGGCGCAACGUGCCUGACGACGUCCUGAGGCUGGUGAAACAGACAGACAGCCUGGUGAUGGUGAAUUUCUACAACAAUUACAUUUCCUGCACCAACAAGGCCAACCUGUCCCAAGUGGCUGACCAUCUGGAUCACAUCAAGGAGGUGGCAGGAGCCAGAGCUGUGGGCUUUGGUGGGGACUUUGAUGGUGUUCCAAGGGUCCCUGAGGGGCUGGAGGACGUCUCCAAGUAUCCAGACCUGAUCGCUGAGCUGCUCAGGAGGAACUGGACAGAGGCGGAGGUCAAGGGUGCACUGGCCAACAACCUGCUGAGGGUCUUCGAGGCUGUGGAGCAGGCCAGCAACCCCACGCAGGCUCCCGAGGAGGAGCCCAUCCCGCGGGACGAGCUGGGCGACUCCUGCAGGACGCAUUACGGCUACCCCUCCGGGGCCUCCAGCCUCCAUCGCCAGUGGGGGUUCCUGGUCCUGGCCUCCCUCGCUGCCCUGGUCCUCUGUCUGUGUCUCCUGUGAAAGCUGGGAGACCAGAGCCCCCUUUAGGGCUCCUGGAGUUCAGGGAAGACCUGCCCAUCCAGGACUCCGGAUGCCAGGAACCCUACUGCCCGCAUGCAAGGACCAGCAUCUCCUGAGCGGGUGUCUGGCCUCACCUGGGGGGCAGGAUACCUGGGGACAGCUCAGGACACACACACACACACACAGGCCCUCAAUAAAAGCAACAUCCCUUCACAUCGGGGGUGCGUGUCGUCGGCA